AUGGAGAAUUACCUCUUUCCUCUGAAAAGCAGUAGUGCUACCUGGCUGGGCUCUGUCCCUAAUUCUUGGGUGAUCGAUACCAUCUUUGCCUUCCUGUGUGGACUGGGGCUCUUUCUUCUGUUACUCCCUUGCCUCCAGGUUUCUCCAUCCUUACCAUCUAGGAAACAUAGAAACAUCAGGGAGCAUCAAAGGGAGCCACGGGGGAGAAAAAGGAGCAGCAAGAAUAGUCAAACUGUGGAAGCUUGUAGAGAUUGCCUGAAAGAACUGGAGGCGGCUCGCAACCUGAUUUCACUUCUGCAAAGUCCUCCUGGCACUUUCUGCUCCUGGUUGCAGCGUGUGCCUCCUAUCUUCUGCAGCCAACUGGAGAAGUGCCAUGACAGGGGAGGCUUUUGUCAUCCUUUAAGUCAAGACUACCCAGAUGAGAUGUGCAAAGCAGCACCUGCUGGAUCACGCUGGCCAUGCAUGGAACAUGCCGACAAUGAUGUCACCCCAAUGUUCCCGUCACCUUCCCCAGCUCCUCCAAAUGAGCACUCUCUACCUCUGGCCUCCACCUUACCACAGGGUCCAAAGACCUCUUUAUUAAGCUCCAUUAGUUCACAGUCAUCCAUGAAUGCCUCUGAGUCAAUAGAGCCUUUCUUUCCCCCAGAAUGCCUUUCCCCUUCCCUGCCAGACCCCCUUGAGUCGGGGGCCAGUCCUUCACCUCUCCCAGUUCCCACUGCAUCACUGCCAUUAGACUUCACUCUGACUCUUCCUCAGGGUGACUCUUUGGCACUCCCACUGCACACCUUCCCACAGAGCUCAUCUCUACAUACCUGUCGGCCAUUUUCACCCAUCCCAGUCAUUUCAGGUAUUGACCACCUAAGUUGUCCCGUAUCAGCCAUGACCUGGUGGCAGAAAGCCACCAAAGCCUUAUGCUUCUCAACUUCAUCACACUGUGAGUCCCAGGAAGAGCAUCUUUCCUGCCACUCACCAGGGGCCUUGUUCUGUGAAGACUCCAUUAACAGACAGACAGAGACUGGCAGCCUCUCUCUGCUCAGUUGCAAUGACCAGGAGCUCCUGGAGAGACAAGCCACAAAUAGAGUAAAGGUCAAGGCUUGGAAAGAAAAAGAAGAUGGAUCAUAUUCAAAACAAAUGAAUCCAGAAGACCACCUAAAUUCUUUGGGUAACAUAUUUAAAUCACUGGAUGCUAACCAAAACACCAGAACUCCCCAGCCCAUCUGGAGUACAGAAGUCAAACCAGAACAUCUGCCUGCCUCUCAGCAGCUGUCAUAUCCCAAGGUCUUAGAAGACCAUCUACAACAGAAAUACAACCAACUUUUCUGGGGUCUCCCUUCUCUUCACAGUGAAUCCUUGGUGGCUACUGCCUGGAUCUCUGAGAGCUCUUCAGCACUUCAGUCUCCUUCUUUCUUAUUCAAUGGAAUUACAAAUGCCUGUCCAGUCCAAAUUCAAGCUAAAAUAUCACCAUUGCUUUCCCAGUCCCAACCCUUGUCACAUCUGGAGUUCCCAUCUCAACACUUAAUUCCAACGAUACCUCAAUUUCAGCCCCUAUCUCAGUGUCAGGUUCAGAUACAGGUCCCUAUUCAAUCUUCUCUCCCAAACCUAACACCUUCAUCCCAGAUCAGAGAUUGUGGAACAUCUUGUUUUACGACCCAAAAUGAGCCACAAUCUCCCAUCCCAACAGAGAUUCAGCAUCUGAAAUGGUCCUUAUUGCACAAGCAACUAGAAUGUGGGUGGACUUUAUCUUCUGUAGUCAAAAGAUCUCAGGAAAUCUUUAGUGUCUUCAAUGUCAACCUUUCCGAGGACAAUUGGGUGGUCUCCAUUCUUCCUGAGAAUUUCCCAAUCAGUCCUGAACUCCGAAAGCAACUAGAGCAACACCUCCAAAAAUGGCUCAUCCAACACUGUUGGGAGCUGCCCCAAAGGAUCCAAGAAUCUCUGGAACUAAAGCAGCUUCAGUGUAACUUACCAAAUAUAAAUCAGUAUGACUUACCAAAUACAAAGGGAAAGCAUGGAAGGUCACAGACCUCUCUAUUUAUAGGUGAAAGCAGCAAGAGCACACAGAAGGUGGGGUUCCAGCUAAGCAAAGAUGUGGGCCAGGGUCUCGAGCAUAUCCUAGGAAAGGUCUCAAAAGAUAAAUCCACGAGCUCAGCAGUUUCUUUUGUAAAGGACUGGGGGGUGAACUUUGAAGAGUCAGACAAUGACCUUAGACCCUCGAGUAGUGAGUCAUCCAGUGAUGAACAUGUUCUCAAAAGAUAUUUGGGCGAUAAGUCAGGGCAGAUCAGAGAGGAUUUUAUACAGCGAUCUUGGGUUGCUGUCACCCAUGUUUUUCCCAGGUUUAAGAAAUACAAGGAAAAAAGAAAUCUAAGAGUAUUGAAGGAUUGGGAACCCUGCGUGAACACCUCCCGUCGGAUUACCUUCCUCCAUCCCUGCACUCGUGAGGUAAUAGAAUCACAUAUUAUAAGGCUUUGGGUCAAACACAGGUGGGUCUUACCACUCAAGAUGCUUAAGACCAUAAAUUGCUUUAAAUUUAAAAAAAAGGCUCAACCCUUGCCCUUUCUGCAAUUUGACUCUUCCCCUACAGCCACCUGUGUGCCCGGGGCUGACCCAAGAGUCAAAUUUGCCACGGCCCAGGAAGAAUUUCCUCAGGCCGAAAAGAUAACAAAAGAAUCGGGUCCCACCCUGGAGUGGCCUCUCCUUGCUCCCUCACCUAUUGGUGACCUGGGAGGGAUCUCAUCUGAGGGCAAUCAUGAGCCCUCAGAGACACUUCUGACUGAACAGGAGGCCAAGUUGUCUUCUCACUCCUUUACAUCUCACCACAAGGUUCAAAGCUAUGAGAGUGGGACUAUGAAAUGGCCCGACUCAAGAGAUGAGCCUGGGGGUUUAGAUGCACAAAACCCCUGUGAUAGGGUAAAAACAGCAGAGAUGAACUCACAGCUCCAGUAUUUAAGGGACCAAGAAACAACUGAGGUGUUAGAAGGUGAGAGGUCCCCUGGUCUACAACCACAGUCUAAAGACAUCUUGGGAUCCAGCAGACAGCAGUCAGGCAAAAGCAAAUCUAUUAUGGAUGGUGAGACUGCCGAGGCUCGGGCACUCAUGGCCACUAUUGGACAGAUUCUAGAGGAGAAAGUGGCACUUCACCAGGAGCUUCAAGCCAUGAAGUUAAAUGAACACAAACAUGAACUCCAUUCCUCAUUUAUCAUCAAGCCAAAUGAUAUCAAUGUAUUUUUUAUUUCAUUGGGAACAAAACUUGAACUUGAGAUGCCUGACAUGUACUUUGAGAACAUAAUAAAGACCUGA